AGAUGUGUUGAAUUAGAAGUGUGUGUAACUUUGGUUAAUAACUUUUUCGGUUCGUGGUUCGUUUGUCAAAGAAAUCGUAAAAUUGCGAAUUAUAUUGAAGAAACUUGUACUAUUUCUUCAAUUACGAUAAGAUAAACCAGCCUUCGAAGCGAUUCUUAAGUGCAUGUACGAAAAUUUCGAUUUUUAGUGCAUUUAAUUAAAGGUUUCCGUGUUGCCUGUCAUAUUGAGUAUAACGCGCCACGAAUUGUUUAUGAAUAAUUAAUAUUUCAUUGCAGUACUAAGCCAGGUCUUCUUAUCAUUUAACUAUUUGUCGAGUUUAAUAAUUUCGGUUACAAGAUUUGGAUUUAAAUCGAGUGAAUGAAGUUUUCUUUCGGAUAAAAUUUAAAGGUAAAAUUAUGGACUUAUGACACAUGCGCGUUGAAAAGAGUGUUGUUCAGAAGUAAACUUUAAAUAAAAAGAAAAUUAAUUUUCCAAAACCAAGUAACAUUCAAUGAAAGUAGCAACAAUAUCGCAUUUAAUGCUAUUGCUAAACUAAAUUCAAUUGUUUUAUGGUAAUUAAGGAAUUUGGAGGAAAAUCAGCAAAUUAUUUUCGAUAAUAAAACGGGUGUGUGCGUUAAUUUCGAGAGCAGAAAGAGAGAACGUGUCAUCAAAAAAGUUUUCUUACGCAAAGAGACAUUUUCCCCACAGUUCAAAGAGAGAGAAAAUUCUUUACGCCAUAUUGUAGAGCCGAUUAUUCGGCCUGUGGUGGCAAAAAAGUUUUUUUUAUAUAAAUUGAAAAUAAAAAUCAAUUUCGAAUUUGUACUGGCACCGACGGAACAUCUACACAUCAAUAAAUUAACAAAUUAGCAGAAAAACAAUGAAUGAGCUGGAUAGCUUACGACAAGAAGCCGAAACAUUAAAAAAUGCAAUUCGAGAUGCACGAAAAGCGGCGUGCGAUACUAGCCUCGUGCAAGCCACUAAUACCUUGGAACCAAUCGGUCGUAUACAAAUGCGCACACGAAGAACGCUUCGUGGCCAUUUAGCUAAAAUUUAUGCGAUGCAUUGGGGUAGCGACUCUAGAAAUUUAGUAUCGGCAUCUCAAGACGGAAAAUUGAUCGUUUGGGACUCACAUACCACCAACAAGGUUCAUGCAAUCCCUUUGCGCUCAUCAUGGGUUAUGACAUGUGCAUACGCCCCAUCCGGUAGUUAUGUAGCCUGCGGAGGACUCGAUAAUAUUUGUUCGAUUUACAGUCUUAAAACUAGGGAAGGCAAUGUUCGUGUAUCACGUGAAUUGCCCGGACAUACAGGCUACUUGUCAUGCUGUCGAUUUUUGGAUGACAAUCAGAUAGUUACUAGUUCCGGAGAUAUGUCUUGUGGACUAUGGGAUAUUGAAACUGGCCAACAGGUUACCUCAUUCAUGGGACACACUGGCGAUGUGAUGGCACUGUCAUUGUCGCCACAAGGUAGAGCAUUUGUUUCUGGUGCAUGCGACGCAUCAGCUAAAUUAUGGGAUAUCCGAGACGGACAAUGCAAACAAACAUUUCCAGGACACGAAAGUGAUAUUAAUGCAGUUACGUUCUUUCCAAAUGGUUUUGCAUUUGCCACUGGUUCAGAUGAUGCAACAUGUCGUCUGUUUGAUAUUCGAGCUGAUCAGGAAUUGGCAAUGUAUUCACAUGAUAACAUCAUUUGUGGUAUUACGUCGGUAGCGUUUUCGAAAAGUGGCCGCCUUCUGUUAGCUGGCUAUGACGAUUUCAAUUGUAAUGUAUGGGACACACUGAAAGCCGAACGUGCCGGCAUCUUAGCCGGACACGACAAUCGCGUUUCCUGUCUAGGUGUAACAGAAAAUGGCAUGGCCGUCGCCACAGGGUCAUGGGACUCAUUUUUGCGUGUGUGGAACUAAACCAAAUAUUAAACUGAAUUCAGAAUAAACAGAAAAUAAGAAAAACAAAAAGAAAGGAAAACUAAAAAGUAAAUAAAAAUGAAAGUUUUACAUAAACAAAACACAAAAUGGUGAAAAAUAAAGAAAAUAUGAAAAUCAUAAAAAAUUGAAAAUAAAAUUUGGAAGUAAAGGAAAAAUCAUAUAAGUAAUAGCAAAAAAACAAAAAAAAAACAUAUUCUACCAUGAUAAAAGAUAAUUUAAAAAUUGCACGCAUAAAGCAAACACACAAAGUAAGAAUUUAAGCAACAUUUUUUCAUAUAUUUCUUUAAUUUAUUUACAAAAGAAAGAAGAAAAUAAAAAAAAAACUUUUUCGUUUUUCGUUUCAAAGUGUAAUUCUAAAUAUUAGGCGCCGCCAUUUUAUUUUUUUAUAAACAUUUAUUCGAAACAACUUUACUAUAAUGAAGAAAUCUGUUUUUUGUUUUUUUAUUCAUUUAUACCAAUGAAUGUUCUGUUAUUUUGUUUUUUUCGUAUUAAAGAAAAAGGAAGAAAAAAAAAUAUUUAAAAAAAAACAUGUGCGUAAGUAUUUAUAUGAUUAUGAUUAUUGAAUAAAAGUAUAAAAGAACUUAAGAAAAAUCAUUGUAAUAAUACAAACAAACAAAAAAAUAUUCAUUGAUAAAAUAUGAUGUUGACGAUGAACUAAAAUUUUUUUAUUUUUAUUUUUUAUUUAUUUCGAUUGAUGCAAUUUCGGACGUCAUGGACACGAGAUAAAUAUAUGUAUGAGAAACUCUCCAAGUCUGUAUAUGUAUGUGUCUCUUUCUUUCAUUUGUUUUUCGAAUCCUUUCUCAGCAUUUGAUCGAUUUUCCUUCUUUUCACCAAACUGACGUCAUGAUUUCUUUUAUUAUUAUUUUUUGUGUUUUUAGUCGUUCGUUUCUUAUUCUUCCGUCAAGACACAGAAAAUCAUAUCAAUGAGUUAACGGAUUGAUUGUUUGGGAACCGUAGAUGUUCAGCUAUACAUAUUAUAUGGCCAGGACGAACGUUUAUGUAAAAUGAUAUAGAUGAAUUAUAUACCGACAAGGAGUAAAUAUCGCCGCAGAAACAUAUAUAAUAAAUUUACACGUGAACAACCUGAUAACUUUUCGUUAUUCUUUGUUUAGAGACUGUCUCAUCAAAUUGUUUUUUUUUUGUGGAUAAAAUUCAAAUUGAACUUUUACUUCUAAAAGUAAACUGAUUGUCAUGCGCACAAGUACAAAAUAAUAGUUUUUAUUCAGUUCGAAUUUUCGUUCAUUCGUUUUGUUUUAAAAGGAGAUUGAUUUAAAUUGGUCAUUAUACCAAGAAGGGCGGUUUCAACAGUCUUUAUAUUCAAACAAAAUAUAAAAUUUAUUUCCAUCUGACUUCUGACACCAUUUUUUCAAUUUUUCUCUCCACUGCACAGAAUGGUAUUAAUAUUUAAAUAAAAAAAAUCAAUUUUUCUUACUUAAAAAUAAAAUAAUAAAAAAAAUUCAAAUUAAAAAUUAAUAAACAAACAAAACAAUUUAAACACACAAAAAUACACAAUUUAUAUAAAAGAAAAACAAAUGACCGAAUGAAAACUAAAAAAUGAAAAUAAUGAAGAAAUAAGUAAAAAAAAAUAAUUCGAGCAUACGAUACAGCUUUUUACUUCUUUUAUACAAAAAAUAAAUAAAAAUUAAUAAAAAUGAAAAUUCAUCAAAAAAAGAAAUUAUGGGAAGGUCGUGUAAUUUGUCAUUUAUAUGUAAAAGUGAUAAAUGAAAAUAAA